UUGAAAAAGGCAUAGGGUGGUUGGGAGCGAUCAUCAAAAUCAAAAUGGCGGCGCACAUGGCGCUCUCCUGUUCGGUAGUGUUAGGAAAGAUUUGGCCGAAAAUUAUUCGAUAUUCGACUGUAUGUAGUCCUAAGCGAAUGCUAAGUACAAGCAGUGUCGUUGCCAGAGAUGAGUUCAGGACCACCGAGCAGUCGUGGGUGAGGAGAAUCUUGCGGGGGAGUGGUCCGAGCAAGGACAUCGACGAUACUUUGGAUGAGGAGGAGAUCGUGGAGGUGGAGCCCCAGUACAUGGACAUCAUACAGACACCAAAGGCCACAUUCAUUGAAAAACCUCAGGUUCGAAUUAAAAGCUACCAACCUCCAGAUGACCUUGUAAAAAGACUUCAUGACAUCACAUUAGAGGUUGUUCCAGAUGCUACUUCUGAAAAUUGGAAGGAGGUGUCCUUGAAGGACAACAGCACCAAAUACCAGAUCCUUGUCAAGUGCUUCACUGAAUUCAAGCACGACAUCCCCAAUUUUCUCCUGAGCAAAAUGCACACUGUGGAGGACGUCAUCACCUUCUAUGAGACCGAGGUCAAAGACAAGACAAAAUUUGAUGAACUGAGCACUGUUGAUCUGCCGCCAAAUCUGAAGAUUCACUGGAACUACGGCGACGACUCGCGACUGGAACUUUACGAGGACUACUUGGAGUAUGUUAAACCAAACAGGAGUCCGAAGCCUCCAGAGUGGAAGUAUAGACCUUCAUGAUGUGUGGGUUGUCACAUGGUUAAUGCCAUAAAACUUCAACAGUGAGACACGCUAGUUUAAUUAUUGUUAAAUCACUCAGAUCAAGAACAUUGUCUGUAAAUAUAGUAGGGAUUUCACCCAUUGAUUGUCAGAAAACCACUGAUGAGGGAAAGUACCUUUGAGCAUUAUCUGGUUUUUAAUGCAUCUUCGAUACUUUUUUGGGAUCUCACAUUGUUUUUGCCAAGCAUCAUGCAAGGCUACUGAAGUGCCCCCUUACUGCAUUUUGACUAAUGGUUCUAAGCUGCUGUGGUCCUAUUCAAGCAAAAAGUUCAAGAAAGAUCUUUUAUGAGAGACAAGGUAAAUGCAUCUACAGUCGACUCUCGUUAUAAAGAAAACUGUUAUACCAAAAUACUAUUAUAAAGAACAUAUUUUGAGCAUCUCAAUUUCUUAAAUUCUGAUGUUUUUCUUUGUUUUCGUGUUUCUCUUAUAACGAAGUCCUGGUUAUGUAACAAUGUAAUUUGUCUGGUCCCUGUAAGCUUGUUAUAAUGAGAGUUGACUGUAGUUUUGAAACUGCCCAAAGUAAAUCUAAUAAAAGGCAGCACAAGUUAUCAUUGUUGCUUAUCCUGGCAGGGAUGAGGUAGCCCCGACAGUAGUUUGGAACUCAGCUUUAAUAGCCACGUGCCAGUGCCAUUAUUGUGAAAAUAACAUAUUGUGAAAUUACAUAAUACUUUGGAGUUAGCUUUUGUGGGCUUUCCAAGGAAGAUAGUGUGACAUUCGCCAUGUUAUGCACUGA